AUGCCGGACUACGCCGCUUCAGCCCGCAGUCUCGAAGGGCACAAAAAGGCCUUACGCCAGCUCUACCCUCCCAUUGAUCCGUACGAAAGCGGGCGGCUUAAGGUCGACGAUACGCACGAGCUGUACUGGGAGUGGUGCGGCAAGCCGGGCGGCGUCCCCGUCGUCUUCCUCCACGGCGGGCCCGGUGGCGGUGUCGGGCCGGGCGACCGCAGGUGGUUCGACCCGCAGCACUACCGGGUUCUGUGCUUCGAUCAGCGCGGCGCCGGGCGGAGCACGCCGCCAGCGGAGCUCAAGAAUAACACGACGUGGGACCUCGUGGCAGACAUUGAGAAGCUGCGCGCCAAGUUCGGCAUCGACCGCUGGCUUGUCUUUGGCGGCAGCUGGGGUUCGACGCUUGCGCUCGCCUACGCGCAACAGCACCCGGACCGCGUCGUGGCGCUCGUCCUGCGCGGCAUCUUCACGCUGCGUAAGGCCGAGCUCCGCUUCUUCUACCAGGACGGCGCAGGCCACAUGUUCCCAGAGAUGUUCCAGGCAUACCGCGAGUACAUACCCGAGCGUGAGCGCGCAGACCUCAUGAAGGCGUACUACAAGCGCCUCACGCACAAGGACCCCCAAGUUCGCCUUGACGCCGCAAGGAGGUGGAGCACGUGGGAAAACGCCACGUCCAAUCUGUACGUCGACCCCGACGCCAUCGCCAGGGGUGACGACGAUCAGUGGGCGCUCCAAUUCGCCCGCAUCGAGGCGCACUUCUUCAUCAACAAUGGCUGGAUGAAGGACGGGCAACUGCUCGAGGCGCGCAACAUUGACCGCAUCCGCUCAAUUCCUGCGGUGAUUGUGCAAGGGCGCUACGACGUCGUGUGCCCCGCGGCGACCGCGUGGAACCUGCACGAGCGCUGGCCGGAGGCGCAGUUCCACCUCGUCCCCGAUGCCGGCCACUCGGCGCGCGAGCCUGGCAUCGCCCAUCUCCUCCUCGAGGCGACGGACAAGUUCAGGUCGCUCAGCUGA